AUGACUUUCUCCGCCAUUCGAUCCUCGCUCAUUCGCUUCCGUACAAUGUCCACCACCUCCCCACUCCAGACUCAGUCGCGCAAUGUCUCUUUUUCUUCAUAUUUAGUGACUCCAAAGCAAUUGAAUGAGGCUUUGAAGAAGAACCCUCCUGAUGGAACCAAAAUCUCAACUUCCCCACGCGUCAUUCCUCUCAACGCAGCAUGGUUCAUGCCGAAUGACCCAGAGGGCCGCAAGGGAAUUGACUCGUUCCGCAACUCGCGCAUUCCCCAGGCCCGAUUCUUCGAUCUGGACACUAUCAAAGAUCCUGAUUCACCUUACCCACAUAUGCUUCCUACGUGCGAGACUUUCGCCGAGGCUAUGAGUGAACUUGGGAUUCGUCGCGACGACGAGGUCGUUGUCUACGACACUGCCGAGUUGGGCAUCUUCAGCGCGCCCCGUGUUGGCUGGACGCUGCGUGUCUUCGGUCAUCCCAAUGUGCAUGUUUUGAAUAAUUAUCGCCUCUGGGUUCAGGAAGGGUUUCCGACUGAGAGCGGGGAACCCGCGCCGGUGGAAAAGUCCAAAUACUCUGUGCCAACUUACGACUCCCGACUAGUGAUUUCUUUCCGGGAAAUGAAGGAGCUGGCUCUGGACUAUGGCAAGGAAGGAGCGGAGGAAAUUGAGAUCCUAGAUGCACGCUCUUACGGUCGCUGGGCCGGGACUGAUCCGGAGCCGCGCCCUGGUCUGUCAUCAGGCCAUCUUCCUGGCUCCAAGAGCUUGCCUUUCCAGAAAUUGUUGGAUCCGGAGACAAAGACAUAUCUCCCAGCUGAAGACCUGCGUAAGGUCUUUGAGGAGCACAAAGUGGAUCCAAAUCAAACGAUUAUCAGCUCUUGCGGUACAGGUGUGACUGCUUCGGUUAUUGAAACAGCUCUGGCUGUUGCAGAAUACGGUGACCCUCAUCUCCGUCGGGUGUAUGACGGUAGUUGGACUGAAUGGGCGCAACGAGUGAAGGAAUCAGAUGGCCUAAUUAAGAAGGUCAAGUCAUAG